AUCCCUGGCCUGGGAACUCCAUAUGCUGCGGGGUGGCCAAAAAUGGGGAAAAAAAAAAUUCCUUCCUACCAGUGCCAGGAAUCACUUUUCCUUGAAAUAGCUCUUCCUGUUUUGGGCCCCUUGAAUACUACUAAUCUUAGAAAGGAUAUGUGUGGAAUGGGAUUUGUGGGGGUUGUUGUCAACAAACAACUUUAUCUUACCUGUUUGGCUCGCUUUCUGUACAUAUAGUUCUUCAUUUUUCAGAGAUCCAGUAAUUUACCUCUAGGCAUUUGACUUCUAUCCAGGGAAGUUAUUUAUUAUGAAUUAGAGGAGAUUGUGGUUCUCUGUUAGUAUGUGGCUCUUAUAGUAGCUCUGAUGACUUGGAGUGGUCAUCCUCAUGUCACUGUAAUGUUUCCUGGGGGAAAUUGUGAACCUUCUCUUUUUACUUUGUGUACCUGGUUUUGUUUGGAUUUACCAUAUAUCAAUGUAAUGUAGCAAUACUUAUGUUACUAACAACAAUUUUGUGAGAUGUUUAUUAUUCUCAUUUUACAGAUGAGGAAACUGAGGCUUGGUGAAGUUACGAAACUUGUCCAAAGUCACACAGCUUGUAAAGGGCACAGCCAAGAUUCAGAGCCAGAUUGUAAAAAUUAAAAUGAAUAAACUACGGCAAAGCUUUAGGAGAAAGAAAGAUGUUUAUGUUCCAGAGGCCAGUCGUCCACAUCAGUGGCAGACAGAUGAAGAAGGAGUUCGUACUGGAAAAUGUAGCUUCCCAGUUAAGUACCUUGGCCAUGUAGAAGUUGAUGAAUCAAGAGGAAUGCACAUCUGUGAAGAUGCUGUAAAAAGAUUAAAAGCUGAAAGGAAGUUCUUCAAAGGCUUCUUUGGAAAAACUGGAAAGAAAGCGGUUAAAGCAGUCCUGUGGGUAUCAGCAGAUGGACUCAGAGUUGUGGAUGAAAAAACUAAGGACCUCAUAGUUGACCAGACAAUAGAAAAAGUUUCUUUCUGUGCCCCAGAUAGGAACUUUGAUAGAGCCUUCUCUUACAUAUGUCGUGAUGGCACAACUCGGCGCUGGAUCUGUCAUUGCUUCAUGGCUGUCAAGGACACGGGUGAAAGACUGAGCCAUGCAGUAGGCUGUGCUUUUGCAGCCUGUUUAGAACGUAAGCAGAAGCGGGAGAAAGAAUGUGGAGUGACAGCUACUUUUGAUGCCAGUCGGACCACUUUCACAAGAGAAGGAUCCUUCCGUGUCACAACAGCCACCGAACAAGCAGAAAGAGAGGAGAUUAUGAAACAAAUCCAAGAUGCCAAAAAAGCUGAAACAGAUAAGACAGUUGUUGGUUCAUCAGUGGCCCCUGGCAACACUACCCCAUCCCCAUCCUCCCCCACCUCUCCCACUUUGGAUGCCACUGCCUCUCUGGAGAUGAACAACCCUCACGCCAUCCCACGCCGGCACGCACCAAUUGAACAACUUGCCCGCCAAGGCUCUUUCCGAGGAUUUCCUGCUCUUAGCCAGAAGAUGUCACCCUUUAAACGCCAGCUAUCCCUGCGCAUCAAUGAGUUGCCUUCCACUAUGCAGAGGAAGACUGACUUCCCAAUAAAAAAUGCAGUGCCAGAGGUAGAAGGGGAAGCGGAGAGUAUCAGCUCCUUGUGCUCGCAGAUCACCAAUGCCUUCAGCACACCCUCCGAGGACCCUUUUUCAUCCGCUCCAAUGACCAAACCAGUGACAGUGGUGGCACCACAGUCUCCUGCCUUUCAAGCUAAUGGCACUGACUCAGCCUUCCAUGUGCUUGCUGCUAAGCCAGCCCAUACUGCUCUAGCACCCGUAGCAAUGCCUGUGCGUGAAACCAACCCUUGGGCCUAUGCCCCUGAUGCUGCUAACAAGGGAAUUGCAGCCACAUGUUCGGGGACUGAGUGGGGUCAAUCUUCUGGUGCUGUCUCUUCAGGUCUCUUCCAGGCUGGUCACAGACGCACUCCCUCUGAGGCUGACCGCUGGUUGGAAGAGGUAUCCAAGAGCGUCCGGGCUCAGCAGCCCCAGGCCUCAGCUGCCCCUCUGCAGCCAGUUCUCCAGCCUCCUCCACCUACCGCCAUCUCCCAGCCAGCGCCACCUUUCCAAGGAAAUGCAUUCCUCACCUCUCAGCCCAUGCCAGUGGGUGUGGUCCCACCCCUGCAGCCAGCCUUUGUCCCUGCCCAGUCCUAUCCUGUGGCUAAUGGGAUGCCCUAUCCAGCCCCUAAUGUGCCUGUGGUAGGCAUCACUCCCUCCCAGAUGGUUGCCAACGUGUUUGGCACUGCAGGCCACCCCCAGGCUGCCCAGCCCCAUCAGUCUCCCAGCCUGGUCAAGCAGCAGACAUUCCCACAGUACGAGACAAGCAGUGCUACUGCCAGUCCCUUCUUUAAGCCACCUGCUCAGCACCUCAACGGUUCUGCAGCUUUCAAUGGUGUAGACGAUGGCAGGUUGGCUUCAGGAGACAAGCGCACAGAGGUGCCUGCAGGCACCUGUCCCGUGGAUCCUUUCGAAGCCCAGUGGGCUGCAUUAGAAAGCAAGUCCAAGCAGCGUACUAACCCCUCCCCCACCAACCCUUUCUCCAGUGACUUACAGAAGACUUUCGAAAUUGAACUUUAAGCAGUCCUUAUGGCUUAUGUAUUUUGUCCUUACUUAGGUAAGGGAGGGGCAUGGAGGUCAGAGGAGCCAAGGGAACUUUGCGUUCCCAACCAGUACACUUUCCACUGAUCCCAAAGGUCCCAAGGAGCAUGUCCAGACAUAGAAUGCUGAGGGAGGCGAUUGGUGAAAGUGGAGAAAACCAUUCCUAGAGAAGAGCUUCUUGCAAUUAGACUAAAGAAGUCAAGGAAAUGUUACCCUUUGUCCCCCUCAUCCUUCAGCCCCUUAUAAAUCUCUGGCAGCAGAGAGGCAGAAGUAUCUGAACAGGAAUCUGUAUUCAAAGCACAUUUACUGGAAUAUAAAACACAACGGGAAGCAAAAUGACCUCCCUUUGUUCAAAUUUCAGGCCAUUCACCUGCUUCCUCUCUCAAUACUAGACUCUUCUUACAGAUCAAGAACAGAGUGGCCUGUGCUUGGGCUGGGAAUGAGAGGCAGCCUGUGCUGCCAGAAUUCCCAGGAAGGCACAUCAGUAGCUGCCCAGCAGAGCUAUAUUUUUGGGGUAAAGUUGAGCUUCCAUUUUGAGUAAAAAUAAAUAUUAUAAAUAUAUAUCGAAAAGCCAAAAUCUUUAUUUUUAUGCAUUUAGAAUAUUUUAAAUAGUUCUCAAUAUUAAAAAGUUGUAUGAGUUGUAAGUAAUCUUGCCAAAGGUAAAAGGGUUAGCUGUAAGAAAUUGUAUAUAAGAUUGAUUUAUCACUGAUGCCUAUUGAAGUAAAAAGAGGAAGGGCUGGAAGUUGCAGACGGGAUCCCUGGCUGGCUUGGUAUCAUUCACUGUAAGUAGCACAUUGCAACAACAAUCACGCUUUUGACCAAUACAGUCACUAGGUUGUAGUUUUAAAUAAAGAGCGAGCAGUAUUGUCCUGGUUUUAAACCUAUAAUGAAAUUCUAAUGUCAUUAUUUUAAUGGAAUCAAUCUACUCUCUAGAGAAUAUGUAUUUUCUUUUACAUAUUGCUGCAGUUUCCUUCUGUUAAUCCUUUAACACUAGUGACAAUGACAUAAUCAUAUCCACAGAGGGGAACACAGGUUACUGUGUUGGUUUGUCCUGUAGGUGUUGGUGGAUUUUGUUUUGUCCUUUGUUUUGUUCCCAUGAGUGUUGUAGGGAUGGAGAUUCUGGUUUUAUUCGCACUGUGUGUGUGUGUGUGUGUCCCUCCCCACCCCUCUCCCCUGUGGCGAGCAGAACAUCCCAUUGCCAGUUGCAGCCACUUGACCUCUGGUAACAUGAGAUCCCAUCUCAUUUUUACUUUUGAACGUUGGCCUUACAAUCAAAUGUAAGUUAUAUAUAUUUGUACUGAUGAGAAUUUAUAAUCUGCUUUAACAAAAAUAAAUGUUCGUGGUAGAA